UAAUAAAUUGAGCAAAAGCACACUGUACUUCUGUUACAAUCUUCGUUUUCUAUGAAAAUUCUUACAUGGGUUGUGUUCAUGUCUUAGUUUUCAUGGUUGGUUAUGUGAAAAUUGAGAUGGGUUCUUGUUUUUGAUCCUCUGGCUUAGAAGAUAAAAAAAAAAAAAAAGACUUUUUUUUUAAGUGAACCCAUUUGGGUAUUCUCAGUGACAAGGUGCAGAUUGUACUACAACAGGCUUGGCAAAGCUUGAACCUUUUUGUUCUUAGUUCUGCUAAAGUUUUUCAACAGUCUAAGGCUGGAUCAGUAUAAGGGUAUAGAUUUUAUGUGGAUUUUUGAAAUUGGGUUGUUCUUUUUAUUUUUUUCCAAAAAUGGCAUGGUCCACUCGGUUAAAUCUUCAAUUUUGCUUUACUUUUCCGGAUUUUAUGGGUAGGUUGAAUCUGUGGUUGCAAUAGGCAUGGAUUUCAAGUGAGUUCAAAUUUGAAGCCUGAUGGUUUUGUUGUCAAAAUUUUCUGUGUAUUUUUCUUAAAGGGUAGAUGAAUUGAGGAAAAGGGAUAUAAUACUGCAUAGCUGUUAUUAGUUGGAAGUUAUUGAACUGAGCUCAAAAUGGCUUCAAGAGUAGAGACCGAUGAAGAUGAUGAUAACAAAGGUAGUAUGUGGGUUUUGGAUCAGAAGCUUGACCAGCCUAUGGAUGAAGAGGCAGGAAGGCUCAGAAAUAUGUACAGAGAAAAAAAAUUUUCUGCAUUGUUGCUUCUACGGCUUGCAUAUCAGAGUCUUGGUGUGGUUUAUGGAGAUUUGGGCACUUCACCCUUGUAUGUUUUCUACAAUACAUUUCCUAAUGGAGUGAAAGAUCAGGAGGAUGUAAUUGGAGCUCUUUCUUUGAUCAUCUACUCUCUUACUUUGGUGCCGCUCCUCAAAUAUGUUUUUGUUGUAUUAAGAGCAAAUGACAAUGGCCAAGGUGGAACAUUUGCACUUUAUUCCUUGCUUUGCCGACAUGCAAAGAUAAAAACCAUUCCCAACCAGCAUCGAACUGAUGAAGAGCUAACAACGUAUAGCCGGUCUACCUUCCAUGAAAGAUCAUUUGCUGCAAAAACAAAAAGAUGGUUAGAGGAACAAGAAUCUAGGAAGAGUGCCAUUCUUAUUCUCGUCCUCGUUGGCACCUGCAUGGUUAUUGGAGAUGGGAUUCUUACCCCAGCUAUAUCUGUUUUAUCAGCUGCUGGUGGCAUCAAGGUAAAUCAGCCCGGUAUGAGUAGUGGUACAGUAGUGCUGGUUGCUGUCGUAAUAUUAGUUGGGUUUUUCAGCAUGCAACAUUAUGGCACAGAUAAAGUUAGUUGGCUAUUUGCUCCAAUUGUCCUCCUUUGGUUUCUUCUAAUUGGAGGUAUAGGUAUAUUUAACAUCCGGAAGUAUGGAAGCAGUGUUCUAAAAGCUUUUUCUCCGGUGUACAUAUAUCGCUAUUUUAGAAGAGGAAGAAAAACAGGCUGGACUUCCCUUGGAGGUAUCAUGCUCAGCAUAACAGGGACAGAGGCUCUUUUUGCUGACCUAGCUCAUUUUCCCGUCUCCGCUGUACAACUUGCAUUUACUCUACUUGUGUUUCCUUGCCUUCUUUUAGCCUAUUCUGGACAAGCUGCAUACCUUAUGAAUAACUUGAGUCAUUCACAAGAUGUUUUUUAUCGUUCUAUUCCAGAUAGAAUAUAUUGGCCAGUAUUUGUUGUUGCAACUGCGGCAGCCAUAGUUGCAAGUCAGGCCACAAUAACUGCAACUUUUUCGAUUAUUAAGCAAGCCCUUGCUCAUGGAUGUUUCCCUAGAGUUAAAGUUGUGUAUACAUCAAAGAAAUUCCUUGGCCAGAUAUAUGUUCCAGAUAUUAAUUGGAUCCUUAUGGUUCUUUGCAUUGCCGUUACUGCUGGGUUCAAAAAUCAAAACCAGAUUGGAAAUGCAUAUGGGACUGCAGUUGUGAUAGUCAUGCUGGUUACAACAUUCCUUAUGAUUUUAAUCAUGAUUUUAGUGUGGCGCUGCCAUUGGAUUCUUGUCCUCAUCUUCACUGGCUUAUCAUUGAUUGUGGAAUGCACAUACUUCUCCUCAGUACUCUUCAAAGUUGAUCAGGGUGGGUGGGUUCCCCUUGUAAUUGCUGGAGCAUUUCUUGUUAUUAUGUCUGUUUGGCAUUAUGGUACAGUGAAACGCUAUGAGUUUGAAAUGCAUAGUAAGGUCUCAAUGGCAUGGGUUCUUGGACUUGGCCCGAGUUUAGGUCUUGUUCGCGUCCCUGGAAUCGGACUAGUCUACACAGAACUUGCAAGUGGAGUGCCCCCCAUCUUUUCUCAUUUCAUCACCAACCUACCAGCCAUCCAUUCUGUUGUUGUUUUCGUUUGUGUGAAAUACCUUCCUGUCUACACAGUCCCAGAAGAAGAGAGGUUCCUUGUCAAGAGGAUUGGACCUAAGAAUUUCCACAUCUUUCGGUGCGUGUCACGGUAUGGCUAUAAAGACCUGCAUAAGAAAGAUGAUGAUUUUGAGAAAAAACUCUUUGAUAACCUCUUCAUGUUUGUUCGGCUCGAGUCUAUGAUGGAAGGAUGUUCAGAUUCAGAUGAAUACAGUUUAUAUGGACAGCAAACAGAGCGGUCAAGAGAUGGCCUGUUGAAUAACAAUGGAAACACAGCUUCUUCCAAUGUGGAUUUAACAAUUUCCUCAGUAGAUUCAAUAGUACCAGCUAUAUCACCACCACAUGUGAAUAUCACUGUCAGAUCCUCCGGUCAAGUAAGCAGCCAGACCGAGGUUGACGAACUCGAGUUUUUGAAUAACUGCAGGGAUGCCGGGGUGGUUCACAUACUAGGAAACACUGUUGUGAGGGCAAGGAGGGAUUCAAGAUUCUACAAGAAAAUAGCUGUUGAUUAUAUUUAUGCAUUUCUUAGGAAGAUAUGCAGGGAAAAUAGUGUGAUCUUCAAUGUUCCUCAUGAGAGUCUCUUAAAUGUUGGUCAGAUUUUCUAUGUAUAGCCUCCCCCUCCUUUUGUGAUUGCCAUUUAGUGCAAAAUUGAGCUAAGUGUAGUAUAUGAACAACAAAAUGUUACAAUUCGAGGGAAUUGACUUCAA